AUGUCAACCGAACAACCGCAAUCCAACCGCUUAUACGUCGGCAACAUCCCGUGGUCGACCACGGUCGAAGAGUUACAGGGUUUGUUCACCGACGCGGAGAACAUCGAGAUCCCAACCGGUCGCCAAAACCGCUCGAGAGGAUACGCCUUAGUCUCGUUCUCCGACGAGUCCGCGGCGCAAUCCGCGAUGCAAGCGAUGAACGGCCACGCGUUAGGCGACCGGAACAUUUCCGUUCGCGCGGAUAAUCCGUUACCGAAGGCGCCGAAAUCCUCCUCGAGAGGAUCCGGCGGCGCGCCGGUGCAAAGACCGACCAACUUGCCGGAAGCGGAGGAAGGGUGCAGAUGCUACGUCGGGAACUUGGCGUGGGAGACCGACGAACAAGCGUUGAUUGAACACUGCCAAACGAUCGGGCACCCGGUGUUGAGAUGUGAAGUUGCCAGACAAUCCGGCGGGAGAUCCAAAGGGUGGGCGUUGAUUGAUUUCGCGAGCAAAGAAGCCGCCGACGCGGGCGUCAAGGCGUUGCACGACACCGAGUGCAGAGCGAGAUCGAUCAUCGUGCGCGCGGAAAGACCGGGCGGGGCGGCGGCGACGAAGCCACCGAGAGAAAUCAGACCGGAAAACAGUUCUGGUUUACAAAUUGUGGUGAGAAACUUGCCGUGGUCGACAACCUCGGACGAUUUGAGACAAGUGUUCCAACAAGUCGGCACCGUCGUGGAUGCCAAGUCCACGUGCCAUGACGACACCGGUCGAUCCAAAGGGUGGGGUACGGUUUUGUUUGAAACGCAAGAGCAAGCGCAAGCUGCGAUUGCCGGGUUCAACGGCGUUGAGUUGGAAGGCAGACCGAUGCAAAUUAAAAUCGAUCGCUUCGAAUAA